AUGAUGAAGCUGCUCGCGAAGGAAGAGAAGCUUGAGUUCCAGACCCAGAUGGCUGAGCUGCAAGAUGACUUAAUGAAGGGCCCGUCGGAACUCAAGCAGGUCCGCACCGUCGUGAAGGUCGAGUUUUCAGCGGGGCAGCCCACCGACCACCUCAACCCAGACCUGUUUGGGAAAGUGAUGGAAGAGCUCCCGCUGAAGUUUCUGAAUGGGUCGAGGAGCCGGGCCCCCAUCAAGUUCGCCAGUCGGGCCAUGGUCGUCGACAUGACCAAAGAGAGGAUCUUCUCACUGGACAAGGACGUCCUGACCGCGUCGAUCAAUAUCAGGCUGCUGGAGGUGGGAGGUUGGCCCACUCAAGUGAUGCCGAGUCCCUCGUUCGAUUUCGCUUGGGCAAGCCAGGGCCACUUCGCCCUGUUGCCCGCCGUGGGCUCUGCGACCAAGCCUGAAGACCAUGUAUACACAACUAUCAGUUCCAAAGGCGUCGAAGUGCCGCUGUUCUCCGGUCUCACUGUCAAAGGCACGUGCGUUGUUGAAAAUAAUUACAAUCACACGACGGCUUAUAUUUGCGACCCGUGCAAACCGUGGAAUAAGGAGCCGCGCUGGGUGCCCUUCGAGAAGGCUUCCAAAGCCGACGUGAUUCCACCAUUGGAAUGGAAGAAGGAGUCUGGGAGCAGCAGUUCACUCGAGACGUCCUGCGAGUCUCCGCCAGCUCCUGCAUCCAGCGAGAGCCCCUCAUCACUGCAGACCCUCGAUUCAAAGCCAUCGCUGACCUCGGGCGACCGCGGUCUCAUGCAGGCGUUGGAGGGCGCCGUGGAGAGCGAGACUUCUGAGCCGCGCGAGCCGUCGGAAGCGAGCGCGAUUCCAUCUGCUGCUCUCGUUUCCACGGAGACCCCCCUUCAGCCCAGCGUUCCAGUCCGCCCAGCGACCAAGGGCGCCAUCGUAGCGUUGCCCCCCGGCGUGCGCCCUGCAACGGCGCGCCCCGAGAGGGAGAUGGCAGCCCUUCAGAAGCUUUCUUCUUCGGAGUAG